UAUAAUUAUCCUGCUAAAAAAAAAUUCCAUUUCAAAAAAAAAUUCUUAUCACUUCUAAUAUAUUUACCUAAAUUUUAUUUUGACCAGUUUAAUAGAAUUUUUUUGUGAAGUUUAAUAGAAUUUCUAAUUAAGCUGAUACAUUUUCCAAAUUAUUCCGGCUAAAUUUUUCCAUAUAUAACACAACAAUUAAAUAAUUUCCAUCACAUGACCAGAAUGAAAUAUCCCAUUCUCCCCAUGUUUACUUUCUUCCCAAUUCUUUAUCAAUCAAACCCCUAUAAAUACCCUUGUUUGGUCUCAAUGAGGAAAACAUUCCAAAGCCAAAUAGAACUUUGAAUCAGUACAAACAAAAACUAAGAAGCAAUAAUCUUGAUCAUUAGCAUGGCCAGUGGAGGAGCGAGAGUUGGGUGUCUUGUAAUGCUUCUGGUGGCGAUGUUGGUUCUCGGCAACAACGUCUCAGAGAGUAAUAUAACAUGGGAGAGUGUAUUCCUGGGCAAAACGACGCACCUGGUGGGAACUGCUAUGAGUUUUGCAUUCAGGAGUGUAAAGGUGCACUCUGCAAGCAAACCUCCGAAGGCCACCACUGCCAUUGUCUGUGUUGAUGAUGGAGGAUAUUGACCAAUAUAUUCAUGCAUUCUUUUUCUUAUAAAAUUGUUGGCCAGAUUUGAGUAAUAGACUCUUGAUGUAUUCAUUUUGAUUUUGAUGUAGUAUGGAGCUUUAAAGUGAUACCAUUAAGGAUUGGUUAGAGAUGAAUAUAUCACAAUAAUAAAACAUUAGAAGCAUUGUUUUCUUCUUCAAUGGUUAAUCUUUAAGAUUCAAUCAAGCCAAAUAAAAUCUAAUAAAAUCA